GCUCAUUCCUCAGAGCGGGUGACCACAGGUGAUUUCAUAUUGGUUCUUUAUCCAAUAGUCCCCAGCAAUAGAAGUGCAUUUCAGGUGGCCAGAGCAUUUGAUCUGUUAACAUAGUAGCACGAAUCGCUCUUAGAGGCAUAUGAGAUUCCUGUGGGCCUUUUGGGAGCAGAAAGAAAGAAACAUUAACUUUAUUCUGCUGUAUUUUUGGAAGCGACUCGCGCGCAAGGGGUGGAGUGUUUCUGGUCCUGCGCUCUUUUCGGGUAUUUUGGUGCUGUCGCCUAUGAGUUUUUCACUUGAGAUAUUCUUCAGGAGAGCACCGUUGUUGGAUCUGCAGGUGUACGGACACAAUUCGACUAUUACUGAUUGUUGAUCAACUGCAUUGAUUUAGGGUUUGAGCAGGCAGUGGGUGGCGACCUCUGGUCACGUGAUGGUGCUGACAGUAAACCUGAUUGGUCCGUCUCCAUGGGGCUUUAGAAUAUACGGAGGAAGAGACUUCAAGAAGGCGAUAACAGUUUCCAAGGUCAACGGGGGCAGCAAGGCCGAGUUGGCCGCCCUGCAGCCUGGUGAUGUCAUCCUGGAGAUCAAUGGAGAGAACACAGUGGACAUGCUCAAUGUGGAGGCCCAGAACAAGAUCAAAAACUCCAAGACUCAGCUGCAGCUGCUGGUGGAGAGGCCUGAGCCCCCCAGCCCUGAACAGACCAAUGGAACCACCACCCCAGAACAGCUCACUGGACGCUUCCAGGAGGCGGUGCUGGUGAGUCGAGAUGAGAACCAGAACUACAGAGAGUACUCCAUCUCCAGCCCAGCCUCUCUGUCACCUGGACUCUACUCCCCAGAGGCCCCGUCCAGUCCUGAGGGGAAGAGAGAGAGGCUCACACCCACCGGCACCAAGAGCAUCCAGCUGCGUUCGUGGUCUCCAGAAGAGAAGACAUCUAGUCACAGACUGUCCAGACCACUGUCACAGGAGUUCUCCUCUCCGGACUUCAGGAAUAACUCUGUGACCAGUCGAACCCCCACCCCUCCAGGACAUUACUCGCCCCACAGCCCUAUUGACCGCGAGCUGUCUGUCUCCCCCAGACGCAGUUCUGGCUCGGACUUUGCCAUGCAGAGGUUUGACCGGGAUUCAGAGGUCUACAAGAUGAUCCAGGAGAACAAGGAGUCUCGCACGGCCCCUCGACAGUCCAACACCUUCCGCAUGCUGCAGGAGGUUUUGGAGUCUGAUGAGAAGGAGGCAGCUGUGCGGUUCCCAGGACUCUCCCCCAAACCCACCCCUCCCAAAUCCACAUCACCCGGGGGCGGAGUCCCCAAGUACCACACCUGUGAGAAGUGUGGCACCAGCAUUGUUACACAGGCGGUGCGCAUCAUGGACGACCGCUUCCGCCACCCAGAGUGCUACACCUGUUCUACACCAGAGUGCGGUCUCAACCUGAAGAUGCGAGGUCACUUCUGGGUGGGAGAGAAGAUGUUCUGUGAGAAGCAUGCCCGCGAGAAUUACCAGGGCCUUGGCACUGCCCCACGUGCCACUGUCUCACCCCGCCACUGAGGCUCAAAGCAAUAGACCAUGGGCUGGGGAACGGGAGUGGGAGGGCCAACACAUCAGAGGUUGUGCCUUUUCUAUAGCAUUUAACUAUUCUCUCCAGGUUUCUAAUUCAGUUACUAUGAGGUUUGGAUGGAACUUUUCUUUUCCCAGGCCCUCCCGGUUUAGCCCUUAUAGGUGUAUUGUUAUCGCUAAUGUACAGUUGUAUCGGGCGGCAGGGAGCCUAGUGGUUAGAGCGUUUGAUUUGUAACCGAAAGGUUGCAAGAUCGAAUCCCUGAACUGACGAGGUAAAAAACUGUCGUUCUGCCCCUGAACAAGGCAGUUAACCCACUGUUCCUAGGCUGUCAUUGAAAAUAAGAAUUUGCUCUUAACUGACUUGCCUAGUUAAAUAAAGGUUAAAAAAAAUGAUAUAAUAAUAAAACAUCUCAUUCAGACAACUUUGAUGGCCACAUUUACACCAACUUAUUACACAACAGAACUGGUAUAUGAAUCAGAUGAAUGAGAGCGUAACAUUUGAAUCCUUUAAACAGCAUUGAGUCUCCUGCUGACCCGUUCGGAGGAAGGGAAACAAACUCUUCAUUUGAAUUCCAAGGCAUUUGAAAGACAGAAGACAUACAUAUACAAAGGGUGAACUUUCAUCUGUGUCAAAGUUAGUACUGUAUUUGUGGUUGUGUGCAUUUGUGUGUGUGCUUGCGUGCGUGUGUUUGUGGGAUUCAACUUGAGCAAGAGAUUCGAUCAUUCCUUUUGAAGUGAUGGUUUAAGUGCCUGCGUUGCUAUUGGGAUCACUAUUGAAAGGUUUCAGUGGAUUCAGCUUUAGAAUGUCAGGCCGAGCCUGCUGGGUUUGCUUUUGCCUCGUGGUAGCACAUCAGUUUAGUUGGAAUUAUGAAAUGUGUAUUUGCUUUAUUGCUUUUUUUUUAAAUAAAGGAAUAUAAAGAUGUGAUAUAUAUAUAUAUAUAUAUAUAUAUAUAUAAAUAAAAACAUUUUUGUGAAUGUUUCUUUUAUAGAACAAUAUAUAGUACCGUAUCUUAUGACGUCUGAUGGCAUGUGUAUUGCUGUAUAUUCUGUUUCUUCACAGCAGCACCCACAGAAAGACACAGUGUCACACUUCAUAAAAACACAUCAACAUUUUUGAAAAAUAUAAGGGUAAAACUACAUGUAUCUUGCUUGGCCAUUUGUACGGUUAGCUAUGCUAUGCAAUUGUACCAUCAACAGCUUAUGUUGUUGAAAAUAAUGUCAUUUAGGCUAAACCUUCCAGCUCCCUGGACAAUAAACACCAUGUGGACCCCUUCUCCUCAUCCUGUCGAUCAUCAUAUAGAUCAUCCUAUAGAUGGGUACAUCUGGCCUACUGGUCCCACCUCUCUCUACCAGGGAAAUCAUUGUGGACACACAGUCUGGUUCAUUUGUGCUAUAACCUGGCUGUAUUGGGAACAACAUUCAGAAUUUAUAAAACAAGCUUCGAAGUAGGUCUUCUAUUCUCUGUAAAUUGGUGAUGAGCAGACUUUUUCCGCAUUAAGUUUUGUAAGAAUAAAUUCUAUCUUUAAUGCUCUUGAAAUUGG